AAAACAAUUGACAAUACGGGGACAACUCUCAUUCAUCAGCGGAGUUACAUUGUACACCAAGCCAUACAAAGAAACGAUUAUCUUUUAAGUGCAUUCUCUAUUCAUCUACAUGAAAACCACCAGAACAAUGCAACAGUUUACCCUUUAAAACCUUUUGUGCUGGAGAAUGAGACAGCUCAACAAUGGCUACACAUUUGAAUAUUGCUCACAUCGAAGCGAAGUUAAAUUGUUACCAGCAGAAGGGAACAUUCAUUUAAACUAUGACAUUCCUGGACAUAGGUCAUGACUAUCUAUACAAUACUAUCAUCAUUACUUUACAUAUGUCAGUGUGCAUCAACAUUGUAAUAUCAACACUUGUGGACAUAGGCCAAAGUGCACCAUCUUUUAAAUAUCAACACUUAUGGACACAGGUCAGUGUGCAUCAUCAUUGAAAUAUCAACAUUCAUUCCUGCAUAUUGGUCAGUGGGCACCAUCCUUGAAACAUCAGCAAGUGUGGACAUAAGGUUCCUGUGAUGGAGAUCACUGCAGUUUUAAUAGCCUCCAUUUUGAUCGUCUGCGUUUACCUGUGGUUCCGGCGGUCUGACGGAAUGUACCCGCCCCAGCCUCCAGGGUCACUUCCGUUUUUAGGGCAUAUGUUUACGCUGGAGGAAGAUCCUCGACCCCAGUUCAAGAAGUGGCACAAGGAACUGGGGGACAUUUUCAGUUUUAAGGUCACUGGAACUCUGCUAAUCGUCUUGAACGGAUAUGACCUCAUUAAAGACGUUUUGGUCAAGAGGGCAAAUGACUUCUCUGACAGGGCACCGUUUUUCGUAGACAAGCUUUUGGGAUUGGAACACAAGGGCAUCACCUUCUCCAGUGGACAGGCUUGGAAAGAGCAGAGAUCCGUGGCCAUCUCUAUCCUCCGUUCCUUCGGGAUGGGGAAAAAUGUUUUGAACCAAAUCAUUCAAGAGGAGAUAACCCACUUCAUUGGUCUAAUUAAAGACCUGAAAGGCCACCCCACGGAUAUGAGAAUCAACACCAACAUGGCGAUGGGCAAUAUAACUUGCACUUUAAUGUUCGGGCAAAGAUUCGACUACAGUGACGCCACUUUUCAAAGACUGAUGGGACAUUUCUACGAGUUUUUACGUGGAUUCAACAAAAGUGAGGCCGUCCAUUACUUUCCGUGUCUGGCGAAACUUCCUGGGGAUAUUUUCGAGGCCAAACGAGUAACGAAAGUCGCCCACGCCAUAUUGGACAUCAUCGCAAACAAACUUAUUAAAAACAUGAAAUGCGAAACAAAUGUGGAAAGCGAAUGUAAUAACUUUGUGAUGGCCUAUCUGGCAGAACGAGAUAAGCGAUUGCGAGAUGGACAGGCAACAACGAUGGAUGAAGAAAAUCUGGCCAAAAUUGUGUUCGAUCUUCUGCUCGCCGGAUCCGACACGACAGCCUCGGCUUUACUAUGGUGCAUGUUAUACGCCAUCAACUUUCCGGAAGUUCAGGAAAAGAUCUUUCAGGAGAUAGAGAAUGAGAUAGGUCUUGAGAGAGCGCCGACAUUCCACGACAGGACGAAGCUGGUCUACUUGAAUGCUUUUAUUGCCGAAGUGACCCGUCUUGCCAGCGUUGUCGCUCACUCCUUCUCCCACCUCUGCUCCGCUGACACCAUCGUUAACGGCUACAAGAUCCCCAAGGACAGCAUCGUCAUACCGAAUCUGGACUCGAUUAUGUACGACAAAAAAAUCUGGGGGGAUGACGUCAUGAGCCUCAAACCUGAGAGGUUUAUCAACCAAGAGGGAAAACUUCAAAUCCCAGAACAGCUGAUACCGUUUGGGAUUGGAAGACGAGUAUGUAUUGGAGAAGGCUUGGCCAGUACUGCAAUAUUCUUGAUGCUGGCCACUUUGUUUCAAAAAUUUAAACUUCUGCCGGAAGACAUCCACUCACCGCCACCAAUUAAGUAUAUUUAUUCCACAGACGUGUCGCCGAUAAGAUUUGAAGUUUGUUUCAUUGACAGACUAGGAAAUUAAAGACAACUUUUUUUAAAACUAUAAGUCAAUCAGUGAAGUUUUAGCAAAGAAAUACUAAAUGACUUGGACACACUUCCCCACUAUAAUAGAUGCUAUCAAGCUCUCCGUCAGACCAGGACUUAGCCUUG